CGUAGAGGGGAUGGACCGACGGUUGCAUGCUGUGUUUUGGCGCGUGCACAUAGUUCUGCAAGCAACAAGGUCGUUGAUGACAUCCCUUUGGAGGAACCCUGUGCCGUGGCUCGCAGGAGAGGUUUGGGGGACGAGCUGGAGAAGGGCGAUGGCCCCGCAGCCGCCCGCCUCCGGCAGAGCUGUGAACCACGCGCACACGGCCUCUGCCGCCCCGGGAGCGGGGCAGGAGCAAGCUGAUAACAUUUGAAUCCUCCUGCUAAAACUGAGGGCAGGGGAGAAGCUGUCUGGACAGGGCUGCUAAGGCGUUCUCUCCCCGUGGUGUUUCGCAGCCAGCCCCGCGGAGGCCCAGUCGUCCCCCUCGCCGCCGCCCAGCCCCUCGGAGCAAGACAAGGGCUCCCAGGAGCCCCUCACCCUCGCCCUGGAGAGCAGCAAGGAAAAUCAGCAACCCGAGAGCCGGUCAGCUUCUGUGCUGAGUGGGAAGAUCUACCCCAACAGCCAAGGGCCUGUGGGCAUCCAGGAGAUAGUUGCUAUGUCCCCCGAGCUGGACACCUACUCCAUCACCAAGAAGGUCAAGGAGGUCUUGACGGACAACAACCUAGGCCAGCGGCUGUUCGGGGAGAGCAUCCUGGGCCUGACGCAGGGCUCGGUGUCCGAUCUCCUCUCCAGGCCCAAACCGUGGCACAAGCUGAGCCUGAAGGGGAGGGAGCCCUUCGUCCGCAUGCAGCUCUGGCUCAACGACCCCCACAAUGUCGAGAAGCUCCGCGACAUGAAAAAGCUGGAGAAGAAAGCCUACCUGAAGCGUCGCUACGGGCUGAUCAGCGCUGGCUCGGACAGCGAGUCCCCCAGUGCCCGCUCGGAGUGCACCAGCCCCAGCCUCCAGCCGCAGGACCUCAGCCUGCUGCAGAUCAAGAAGCCCCGGGUGGUCCUGGCACCAGAGGAGAAGGAAGCCUUGAAGAAGGCCUACCAGCUGGAGCCCUACCCGUCCCAGCAGACCAUCGAGCUGCUCUCCUUCCAGCUCAACCUCAAGACCAACACAGUCAUCAACUGGUUCCACAACUACAGGUAUGGGGUGUGCUCGGGGGGCCUGGCAGCACCCACAAGACCAGCUCCCCCCAGCCAUCUGUGGAGACGAUGGGGCGAGGGGAUGCACGGAGUGCUGUGCCGUGCCAUCGCUGCAGCAUUACCAGGGCUGUAGCACCUUUGCAGGCCCCCUGUCGCCCUCACCCAGCCGUGUGUCCCAGCACUGGGGACCCAGAACCACAGUUGGUCUUUAGAGGUUCACCAGGCACAGGAGAUGGGCCAAAACUCGGCAUGAGACUUAGAUACCCAUAGGAGAUAUCCUACUGCUCGAGCGCGUCAGGCUGGCAUCGAAAGUGGUGGCCACGCUGGUGGUCCACCUGCUCAGCCGUG